AUGGCUCCAUUCAAGGUCCUUAUCGUGGGGGGCAGCGUAUCGGGCCUCUCCCUGGCCAAUAUGCUCGAACAACAUGAAAUCGACUACGAGUUACUCGAAUCAUCAUCGACAAUAGGACCAGAUCUAGGUUACGUCUUGGCUAUGCAGCCCAACUGCAUGCGGAUAAUAGAUCAGUUAGGUUGUUACGAUGCAGUGAUGGAACGUGCCAUCGAGAUUGAGUCGUUGCGCAUUUGUGGUCCGACCGGGAAUGUGGUUCUUGAUCUUGAGAAUCACGGAAAUGAUCAAGUGGACAGGCUAGGUUAUCGCCUCACCUCGCUUGCACGUAGCGACCUCAUCCGUUGUUUAUACGGCAAUCUAAAAGAUAAAUCGAAGAUAUAUCCUAACAAGCGUGUAACAAGAGUCGAGCAGACUAAAUCUGGGGCGAGAGUGCUUACUGAAGAUGGUUCUGUCUGGACCGGAAGCAUUGUCGUGGGAGCGGAUGGGGUCCGCAGCAUGGUCAGACGAGAGAUGUGGCGGAUCGCACGAGAACAGAAAUUGGAUCUACUGGGCGAAGAAGAUGGAAAAUCCAUAUCCAGCUCCUACAGCUGCGUGUUUGGCGCCUCUUCAAACAUCCCGCGAGUGCGGCAGAAUACUUUCUAUAUGACGGUCAACUCCAGUCGCUCGUAUAUUAUGGCUCCAGGUCUGAACGGUAUCUCUUAUUGGGUCCUCUUUGUGCCAAAUGAAAAGCCCAUACCCGGGCCAGACGGCAAACGGUACACGGUAGAAGAUGAGCAGAAGCUAGUAAAGACAUACUUUAACGACCAACUCAUUGAAGGAGUCUCGCUCGGAGAUCUCUACAAACGCAAGACGCGUUCAAUCAUGCUGACACUGGAGGAGGGUGUGUUGAAACAGUGGUUUGGUGGACGAAUCGUUCUUCUGGGAGAUACUGCUCACAAAAUGCAUCCAGUGGCCGGCGUUGGAGGGAGCCAUGCAAUUGAGAGCGCUGCUGCACUAACAAAUAUCCUUGCGGAGACUUUGCAAAAAGAACCUUGUCCGAGCGAUGCAUCUGUCAAUGAAGUCUUCCAGAAAUUUCAAAGCAAUCGACAGGACCGGGCUACAGAGAGUUAUAAGGGAGCGCACCAAAUGCAAAAAAUGCAUCUACUUGAAAAUAGGGUGCUCCGAUUUAUUCAACUGGUGGUCAGCCCAAGACUCUCCGACGAGUCUAUAAUGAAUCAGAUCGCCUCACAGUUCAGUCCCGCGCCGCGAUUGAACGCCCUUCCAGUACCCGUGAGACAGAAUAGAUGGGGAUAUGAUGACGAAGUACGAUUGAAGCCACGUCAACGCACAUCAGGUCACACGCUGCUGUUCAUAUUUUUACUUGUUUGUGCCAUGAUCUUAUCCAAGUUUGUUUCGCCCUUGGAUACGGCAUCGAAGAUAUCAUCGGUGGGCCCUCAAGUGCUAGAAGAUACUCAGAUCCGUUCUACGGUCUUGAGACUGGCUCUCACAGUAAUAUGGACCAUUGAAUCGUAUCGGUUUGGUGCGGUGAUGACUCCCCUUAUCAGCGGUAUUUUUUGGACAGUCAUGGCUCAUUUCUUUGGCUAUGAGGUCAUUGGAGCGCUGUACAUAUCAGUCCAUGCGUUCAUCAGCCAGAAAAAAUCAUUCUAUUACCCGAUUCCGAGAGCGAUCUCAACACUAACAGCCCGAGCAUGCUUCUGGUCGCUUGUACUGACUGCCAUGAUUCCGGCCACGGCUUUCUCGUUUCACUUGCUCAAUGACAGAGUCUCUCUCGGUGACGCGGCUUAUGUCUGGGAGACGGCAUUGCUAUGCUAUCCGGCAAUGGUCUUUGGAGUUUCGAAGCUCGCAACUCCGUCAUCACCUCAACCUGAAGAUUCUACGGAUAAGACAAGGACCGACAUUGAGUAUAUCUCGUGGACUUUGAUGCUACUGACCCUUCUAUCCGGUGCUGUGUCCCUGUUUCACACUCUUCCAAUCAUUCGUGGUGAUACAAUGACUCUUUCGGAUAUCUUUGGCCUUGUCACACCACAGGACCCUUUGGCGCCUUGCAUUUGCAUCUGGUGUGCCUUCACGAUUUGGGACCUUCAAAGAGUCCAAGCUCCUGGAAUUAGGAGGCUUAAGAACUGCUUCUUUCUUCUCGUUAUUGGCGCCGUGUUAGGGUCUUCUGCGGUGCUGCCCUUAACAUGGCUGCUUAGGGAGUAUGCGCUGGAGCGAGGAAGAAAGAAGAGGGAGUCGUUAUAA